AUGCUUCUCGUUUUUGUUAUUGGAGCUUACGUUUAUCCCUUAUUGCUAUCUCUUGUUUACAAAACGGUGAUCGGUGUCUCACUGCAUAUGACAAUUGGAUACGCGAUUGAGCGAUAUAUAGCAAUGAAAAAUUUAGAAACAUAUGAGCAAAAGUAUUCAAAUAAUCGACUCAGUCUUUGGUUGUUGACUUCAACGCUCACUAGUGUCUUGUUUGAGGCGACAAUUUUCUACUGGCGCAUUCUGCCGGAUUGGCUUCCAUUUGUUGCUGCUUAUACGAUUUCUUUUAUCGGCGUCUUGAUCGCUUUCCAAAUGUGGAUGACAAUAUUUUUGGAGCCAUCAUUGAAGAAAAGAUUUCUAAGCCUGUUUAGAAAAGCUCCUAUUACAAGCAAUGGAGAUUUACGCAACGUUCUCGGGAAGAAAAUCAAGUACAAUAAUGUUGACGAAUCAAAUCUCUACUUUAAACAAUUGGAACAAAUGUGGAAU